UGUAGACUGUGGUCGCAAGCAACAUGAAAUCAACAACAAGGACUGAAGAAGCCAGACAGAAUCAGAUUAGUAGUUGUUAUUAGCUAGCUAUUGAUUCCGGUCUUAACCAUUCUAUUUUCACCAAUCAUAGCUAGAGAUAUUCUACUGGCAAUUAGCUUAAAAUGCAGGUAUGUUCUGUAUUAUAUUUUGCCCUGCCCAGGACAAGCAAUCUAAUUAGCUAGCUACUGUACAGUAGCUAGCUAAUUGAGCUGUUGUUAACGUUAGCAAGCUAUGCUAAUUUGCUAGCAAACUGUUUAACCAUCGAAAUGGCGUUUACUAGCUAGCUAGCUAACAGUUAUUAGAAUUUGCAUGACUUUGUAUUUGCCUAAAUUGCAGCCCGAAAUGAAUUGUUACUUUGUUUUGUUUAAGCUAACUAACUAAGUUAACUAAGCCUGCUAACUAGCUAGCGAACCAGCUAGCUAACGCCAACAGCGUAGAUUCGACUAUCUAGCUCGUAAUAAUUAGCUGGUUUAAACAGUUUCUAUUUUGUUUGCAUCCUCCCUCAGCUCCAAGAGAAGCCGACAGUGGACAUGAAGCGGAGAAGUUGACAUUUUAUCUGUCUCUUCUGCCACACAGAGCUAGUUGCUUCUUGUUCAUUCAUUGGAGAAAAGCUAAAAGUCUCAUCAUACAGUCAACACACCUGAAGCAACUAGCUCUGUGUGAAUAAUAACACUGUUGAGUGUUGGAUGCCCAAGAAUCACCAUGGCUGUGGCCAACACCACCAAAACAUCAUGGAGAUUACGUGAGUAGAGUCUCCAUUUCACUCACCCUUUCAAGACCCAAAUUCAAGCCCCUAAUCUUAUUGGUUUCAUGGACCAAGAGAUGAAUCCUGGUGUGUUGUGCAUCAUUUUCUGUUCCAGAGGAGAUUGUAGCCCACUCCAGUAAUGUGGCGUGUCUGGCCCUGGGGAAGAACUCAGGCCGUCUGCUAGCCACUGGGGGAGAGGACUGCCGAGUCAACAUCUGGGCAGUCAGCAAACCCAACUGCAUCAUGGUACAGACUAGCCAGACCUUUAGGGAAGAAGUGUGUGUGUACAGUUUGAUCUCUGCUUAUUUCUGGUGGAUGCUGCCUGUCACUAAAACAUGUAUUUCCACCUCUCUCUCACCUUCUUGUCCCCUCUCCCUUUCUCUUCUCCUCUCCCGUUUGCUUUCCCUCUCUCUCUCACAGAGUCUGACAGGCCAUAAUAACCCAGUGGAGUGUGUAAAGUUUAAUAACUCUGAGGAGCAGGUGGUGGCUGGCUCACAGUCUGGAUCACUGCGCGUAUGGGACCUGGAGGCUGCAAAGAGUGAGACUGCAUUUCUCCUAUAUUGUGUGUGUAUGGGGAGGUUAGGCGUGUGGGAUGUGGAGAUGUAUUUCUACUAGAGUCAACUAGACAUUUACAUUACAUUUACAUUUACGUCAUUUAGCAGACGCUCUUAUCCAGAGCGACUUACAAAUAGGUGCAUUCACCUUAUAGCCAGUGGGAUAACCACUUUACAUUUUUUUUUUUUUGUGUUUAAAAAAAUAUAUAAUUUAUUUUAUUUAUUUAUUUUAUAUAUAUAUAAUUUUUUUUUUGGGGGGGGUGGGUUGGAGUAAAAGGGGGGGGGGGGGGGGUAGAAGGAUUACUUUAUCCUAUCCCAGGUAUUCCUUAAAGAGGUGGGGUUUCAAAUGUCUCCGGAAGGUGGUGAGUGACUCCGCUGUCCUGGCGUCGUGAGGGAGCUUGUUCCACCAUUGGGGUGCCAGAGCAGCGAACAGUUUUGACUGGGCUGAGCGGGAACUAUGCUUCCGCAGAGGUAGGGGAGCCAGCAGGCCAGAGGUGGAUGAACGCAGUGCCCUCGUUUGGGUGUAGGGACUGAUCAGAGCCUGAAGGUACGGAGGUGCCGUUCCCCUCACAGCUCCGUAGGCAAGCACCAUGGUCUUGUAGCAGAUGCGAGCUUCAACUGGAAGCCAGUGGAGUGUGCGGAGGAGCGGGGUGACGUGAGAGAACUUGGGAAGGUUGAACACCAGACGGGCUGCGGCAUUCUGGAUGAGUUGUAGGGGUUUAAUGGCACAGGCAGGGAGCCCAGCCAACAGCGAGUUGCAGUAAUCCAGACGGGAGAUGACAAGUGCCUGGAUUAGGACCUGUGCCGCUUCCUGUGUAAGGCAGGGUCGUACUCUCCGAAUGUUGUAGAGCAUGAACCUACAGGAUCGGGUCACCGCCUUGAUGUUGGCGGAGAACGACAGGGUGUUGUCCAGGGUCACGCCAAGGCUCUUCGCACUCUGGGAGGAGGACACAACGGAGUUGUCAACCGUGAUGGCGAGAUCAUGAAACGGGCAGUCCUUCCCCGGGAGGAAGAGCAGCUCCGUCUUGCCGAGGUUCAGCUUGAGGUGGUGGUCCGUCAUCCAUACUGAUAUGUCUGCCAGACAUGCAGAGAUGCGAUUCGCCACCUGGUUAUCAGAAGGGGGAAAGGAGAAGAUUAGUUGUGUGUCGUCAGCGUAGCAAUGAUAGGAGAGGCCAUGUGAGGAUAUGACAGAGCCAAGUGACUUGGUGUAUAGCGAGAAUAGGAGAGGGCCUAGAACUGAGCCCUGGGGGACACCAGUGGUGAGAGCACGUGGUGCGGAGACAGCUUCUCGCCACGCCACUUGGUAGGAGCGACCGGUCAGGUAGGACGCAAUCCAAGAGUGAGCAGCGCCGGAGAUGCCCAGCUCGGAGAGGGUGGUGAGGAGGAUCUGAUGGUUCACAGUAUCAAAGGCAGCAGACAGGUCUAGAAGGACAAGAGCAGAGGAGAGAGAGUUAGCUUUAGACCUAGGCUACCAGUUGUUCUGAGAAUGCCAUAACAAUGUUUUGCUAUUUUAUCCCAGUCCUAAGAACUUUAAUGGGACACAAGGCCAAUAUCUGCAGCUUGGACUUCCACCCGUUUGGGGAAUACCUGGCAUCAGGCUCCAUGGACACCAACAUCAAGGUGUGUAUGUGUGCUGCAUGAGUGAGUGUUGUUAAGAACUCUACUAUGUAUGUGGAUUGUUAUGUGAUAUCUGUGUUUAAACAGACUUUUUCUCUUUCAGCUGUGGGAUGUACGGAGAAAGGGCUGUGUGUUCAGGUACAAGGUAAGACUUGCAGCCGUAUGUAAUUCAUACCCAACUGAAGAGCACCAAGGUUAAUUAUUGGCUAAAGCCUUUUUGUGGUUAGAAAGCGCUGUACUAUAUUGACCCAGCCCCCUUAGUUUGGCAGGGAUCCUGUUUAAAGGAGAUGCUGUUGUCUCACUGGCCCUUCCCUCCCAACCUCCCCCCUUACCGACCUUCUCACUCUCUGUUAGCGGCCUGCUGUCUGGUCAGUGGCUGAUUAUCUUGUUAGCCGUGGGAGUGGGUCUGCUAAUCAGCACUAAUGCUGUGUGUUUAUGUCUGGCAGUAGGACUAAGCCAGGGAUUACAGUGAGACGGCGAACACUGUCUUGUCUGCCCUGGCCUGGGGAGGAGGGGCUGGGGACUGACUGUCUGGAUAGGAGUAGGGGGCCUGUGUGUGUUUAUCAAUUUCAUAUGCAAUCUGUGUGUGUUUGUGCAGGGUCACACUCAGGCAGUAAGGUGCCUGGCUUUCAGUCCAGAUGGGAAAUGGUUGGCCUCUGCUAGUGAUGACAGCACCAUCAAGGUAUGAACGCACCUACACAUUGUCAGAAGCUUGCUUUCACAUGUUUCUCAUCUCACAUGACUGUGGUCAGUUUGUGAAGUAGGGCUCUCCAACUUUGUUCCUGGAGAGCUACUGUCCUGUAGGUUUUCACUCUAACCCUAAUCUAGCGCAUCUGAUUCUAAUAAUUAGCUGGUUGAUAAACUGAAUCAGGUUAGCUACAACUGGGUCUAGAGCGAAAACCUACAGGAGGGUAGCUCUCCAGGAACAAGGUUGCAGAGCCCUAUUGUAAACUCUCAACCUUAUGUUCAGAGGGGUUUGCUACAAAGCAGGAUUAAUGAGUUAGCCAGCUAACUUGCCUAAAUAUUCUGAAAUAACUUUUUUGAAAAAUAAGCUUGAAAUGGGCAUGGCCUAAUUGAUUCAACAACCAAAAACACAUAUCUAAGUUUAACUUUCUUAAUGAACCAGAAAAUCAAUAGUUAUUUUUGGUUGGUUAUCAAAGUCAGCUGGCUAACUCAUUGAUCCUGUUUUGUAGUAUACACCUCUGCAUAGAAGUUCUCCUUCUAUAGGCACAGAUCUGGGAUCAGCUUACCUGAUUCUUAAGGGCAACAUCAUAAUAUUCCUAGCUGUGCCAGUCAGGAACUCAUAUUGCCCUCUGACCUUUGUCCUAGCUGUGGGACCUGACUGCAGGGAAGAUGAUCACAGAGUUUACAGCACACACCGGAGCCAUCAACAUCAUCCAGUUCCACCCCAACGAGUAUCUGCUAGCGUCAGGCAGCUCUGACAGGUAUGGUAUCCACACACACACUCGGGGGGUGAAAUAUGGUAAAUAAAUACGUAUGAGGUAACUGUACUUACGAUGGCUUCAACUCCAUUACUAAAGCGGAAUGCCUUAAGGAUGGCUGUGUUUUCCACUGGCUUCAUCACAGCUCUAUCUGUGUGUGUACGUCUGUUCCCUACAGGACCAUCAAACUGUGGGAUCUGGAAAAGUUCAAGAUGAUUGGCUCUUCAGAGGGAGAGAUGGGACCAGUCAGGUAAGGGCUACCUUCACUAAGUGUAGUUGGUGGGACACCGCGAUAUUAGAAGUUCAGAUGCAACUAACACUCUAUACUGUAUAUAAACUAUCCCUACAUCCUUUUUCCUCUUCCCCCAUUUCUCUCUCCAGGUGUCUGGCCUUUAACCUGGAUGGCUGCUGUCUGUACAGUGGAGCUGUGGACUCUCUGCGUGUCUAUGGCUGGGAGCCCGACCGCUGCUUUGACGUGGUGCCAGUGGGCUGGGGCAAGGUGGCAGACCUGGCUAUCUGCAACCACCAGCUGGUGUGUGAGCAUGACAUUUACUUUUUAAAUGUUUUACAUUUGAGUAAUUUAGCAGACACUUAUCCAGAACGACUUACAGUUAGUGUAUUCAUCUUAAGAUGGCUAGGUGAGACAACCACAUUUCAGUCAUUGUAAUUACAGUUAGUGUUUAUUAUUAUUAUUAUUUUUUGUGGGGGGUGGAGUUACUAUUUUAAUGUUACUGUUACUGUGUUACAUAGUAAUACCAAUGGAUGCUCUCUCUCCAAGAUUGGCGUGUCGUACAAUCUGACGAAUGUUUCGUCCUACGUGGUGGAUCUCACGCGGGUGAGGAAGUCUGGCUCUGUGAUCCAAGGCGUAAUCCAGGACGACCAGCCGCUCACAGAGCCCUCCCCGAAAGGAUCCACGCUGCGACGCAACUACGACCGACCCCUGACCACCUGCAGCACACAGAGGUACUGCCCACUUCUAAAUGCCGCUAUACCUACUUUCUAUGGAGCGAAUCCUAACCCUAACGUGAGUUGGGCACACGUAACUCAGAUUAAGCCCUAUAUGCUACAGAAUCUGUUUCAACAAAAUCACAUAUGAGCUGAUUCAAAUCAUAGUGGUUCAAAUCAUGUGGUCCUCUGUAGCUGAGUUGGUAGAGAAUGGGGCUUGCAAUGCCAGGUGGCUUCCAUUCCCGGGUCCACCCAUAUAUAAAAUGUAUGCACGCUGCUAAAUGGCAUAUGUUAUAGCAAAUACAGCAUCCAUUGGUUUCCGUUGUAUCAAUAAGCAGACUAUUUGAUGUGUGGUUUUGGGGUGUGCUCUUCCAGGGUAAAGCAGAGUUCUGAGUCAGACCGGCGCAGUCCAGAGGGGGAGAGGAGGAGCCCCAGCAGUGAGGACGAGAAGGAGUCCUCCGCCGAGAUCCGUAACCCUGAGGACUACAAGGAGAUCUUCCAGCCAAAGAGCGCCAUCUGUAGUCUCAUAUUACGUCUUACGUUUGAUUGCUAUCUAUUCAGUGUUCACACUAACAGCAGAAUGCAUGUAUUACUACAUGAACAUCUAGCAGUGUCUUAAUCACGCUUGAAUUUCAUACUAAAAGUCUCCUUGUUUCCCCCUUCCAGCUCGCACCCCCCCAAAGAGUGAGCCAUUCCCUGCGCCUUUAGAAGAUGGUGAGUACCUUCUACCAAGCUGUUAGUAUGAGCAGUAUUACAUGUGUUUGUGAUAAAACUAUCACAUUGAUCUGUUGUGUAUGAGAUGUUGCUGUCCGAAGUUUCAUAUUCAAGUUCUUUUUUUAGGUGUAUUUUGUUAUUCAUGUAUUAUAUAGAAGUACAGAAUGGGAGACAUGUAAUGGAGAUGGGUACAGAAAGGAAGGGCACAGACAGUCAGUCGAGCCGGGGCUCGAACCACCGUCGUCAAGGGGCAUGUGGGGUCCGCUUUACCAGACUGCGCCACUCAUAUUCAAGUUCUCUCUCCCUCUUUUUCUCAGAGAGUUUUGUGGUGAGGGCUAACCAAGGGCUGGUGGAGCUCAUGACUCCUAUGAUUGACAGACAGCAGGUUUGUACUGUAUAGCUGUACUGUUGUAUGUGUGACUCAUUUGUGUUUUUGUAAUGCUUGAGUGUGUAUGUGGGAUUGGCUCUGUCAGUGUGUGAGUUUCUCUAUGUAAAUACGUUAGAUUUGUUUCUUGUGUGUGUCACUGCAGCCCGGCCUGUUGAAGAACCUUCCAGUGGCCUCGUCCACUCCGGUCCUGAGGGUGGAGCCUACCGUGGUCGCCACGGCGCCCCGUCCCAUCCCCGUGGUAACCGCACGAUCUCCGACCUCUAACCACCCCCCUGCACCCCACCCAGCCCCCCCACCGGUCGUUGCUAUGGCGAAGGCCAAACCCCAGCCUAGCGUCAUCCUCUCCACCAGGAAUGAACCAAUAGGACUCAACGUGGGAGAUUUCCUGCCUGUGAGUGUGUGUAUAUACAUGCAUAACACACACACAAUCUUGUUUGUUUCAUUUCCCAUGGAGAAAUUUCACUCAAAAAAGACAUCACAAUUUGUAUGGUUAAAAUCAAAUGUAUUUAUAAAUAAUAAAAACAUAUUUUCUUAUCUUAGUUCUAAUACUACUAAAAAAUAAAUAAUAUUCAACAGUCCAUUCACAGUAGAGGCCCUCAUUCUUCACUCACCCAAGUCUUUCUCCUCUGCUCCUGCUGGCUCUUUCUGAUGUCACUGAUCAGUCUGCCUAGGGUUUCCCUCACACCCACACUGUAUAAGUGAACCCUGCGCUCCACCUCCAUGUGCCAGUUGGCCAGGCAGAGUUGCUCCAGCUCAGGCAGGUGCUGGCUGUGCUAGCGGAUAAUCGCUAUGUUUCUGAGCUCGUACCUCCAGUACUGCUCGCACUCCCAGAAACUCAGGCUGGCCACCUGCACAGGCUGAGGAGGGGUAAAAUUUAAAUAAAGUCAUAAGUACAUACAAAAAUCUGAUUUUUGAUUUAAUAUGAACCAGUGUAGAUGGUAAGGUACUUCUACCUAACAUACUGUGUGAGGAGUGUACCCAGGAAGAUAGUGAUGCUCCUGUGUCAUCCAUGGUAUAGACUGGUCAAAUUGCUGUUGCCAGAAGCUGAUUUUUGAGAAAUCUAUCAAUCUUAGAUAGCAGAUGCUAGUCGCAUGUGUUGUCUUUUGAAUGUAUUAUUUAUUUAUUUAUUUUUAUUUAACUAGGCAAGUCAAUUAAGAACAAAUUCUUGGUUGCCACCAAAACUGAGUUGGCACCUAACAACAAAGAUUGCUAUACAUUCAAUUGUGAUAUAAGAUUCAAAUGUAUUCUUACGGUUUAGAAUUGUCAUGGAACUGUUUCAAAUCAACACAUUUGUUUGUGAGGUCAUCAAAUUAAAAUGAAAGUGUUUUUGCCAUCUAGAAUCGUCAUGGCAAUGGAAUUUAGUAUAUAAGUUAAUGUUUUUAUUACAUUCAUAUAGCAGUCAAUACAAACUGAAAUCCAUGAACAUACAAUUUAUUAAUACACAUACAAGUAGCUAAAGAACAUACAAGUAAACAGAAUCAUGAAGCCAGAAUAAUUACUGAAGCAAAGUCAAGAAGUCGGCAUGGGAGCUGAAGCAGCUUCUUUUGGUAGCAUCGAGCGGUGGGAGGCAGAAUCACGGUCCCAGGGAUGGAGCAGCAUGACGGUCACAGCCAGGGGGGAAUAGUGGGUCAGGAGACGGGUCCGGAAUGAUUCAGGAGAGCACCUUGCCGUCCUCACAGCUAUCCCGUAGCCUAGCCACUUGACUUUGUAGGUAGAAAGACCGCUAGCUAGCUACUCCUUCACUGCCAACAGGUAGCACCCACCUGGAUGAUGCCCUGGCAGCUGCUGCCGGCGCCAGUAGAUCAGAGUGGAAUGAUAGUCCUCCUAUUAUUAGCCUCUGACAUCACCGAACACCUCUGCCAUCUCCACUGUCUUUAACUUCGGACUUCUUCUCGACUACAAGCCCCAUAAGAUAAACUGGAUAUAGAAUUAAAUGGAACACAAAUAGUAAUUUAAUGCAUAUCUGAUACUGAUCAACAUGUAAAAUCAGCUCAACAUUGAACCCACCAUAGUGAUACAGUUUAAAUUCACACAGAAAUGCUGGUACGCAUCAAAAAUUACAAAAACAAGAUGGUCAGCUUUUUAAAUAUUUAACACAUGCACAGAAAUGGAAUUGACCCCUAACUUUAUGUAGGUUUAGGUAUGAUUGUGUGUGUGUGUGUAUUUACCAGGUUAUGUAAGUUUAUCUCUCUCUGUCCAAGCCUGCUCGGAACAACCGGCCCAGUGUGCUGGGUGAUGACGAGGCUCUGGCCCAGAUCAGAAAGGGCCAUGACACCAUGUGUGUGAUGCUCACCAGCCGACACAAGAACCUGGACACCAUCAGAGCUGUGUGGGGCAGCGGGGACGUCAAGGUAUGACACUUAACAGACAACGCUAACACAACAUUCACACACCGUUAACAUUGCGCAACACCCCAUGCUCAAGGUUCAGACAAUGUUCAUGCAAUGUUAACAUCACUUGAAAUAAAUAAUUACAGUGAGGGGAAAAAAGUAUUUGAUCCCCUGCUGAUUUUGUACGUUUGCCCAACUGACAAAGAAAUGAUCAGUCUAUAAUUUUAAUGGUAGGUUUAUUUGAACAGUGAGAGACAGAAUAACAACAAAAAAAUCCAGAAAAACGCAUGUCAAAAAUGUUAUAAAUUGAUUUCCAUUUUAAUGAGGGAAAUAAGUAUUUGACCCCCUCUCAAUCAGAAAGAUUUCUGGCUCCCAGGUGUCUUUUAUACAGGUAACGAGCUGAGAUUAGGAGCACACUCUUAAAGGGAGUGCUCCUAAUCUCAGCUUGUUACCUGUAUAAAAGAUACCUGUCCACAGAAGCAAUCAAUCAAUCAGAUUCCAAACUCUCCACCAUGGCCAAGACCAAAGAGCUCUCCAAGGAUGUCUGGGACAAGAUUGUAGACCUACACAAGGCUGGAAUGGGCUACAAGACCUUUGCCAAGCAGCUUGGUGAGAAGGUGACAACAGUUGGUGCAAUUAUUCGCAAGUGGAAGAAGCACAAAAGACCUGUCAAUCUCCCUCGGCCUGGGGCUCCAUGCAAGAUCUCACCUCGUGGAGUUGCAAUGAUCAUGAGAACGGUGAGGAAUCAGCCCAGAACUACACGGGAGGAUCUUGUCAAUGAUCUCAAGGCAGCUGGGACCAUAGUCACCAAGAAAACAAUUGGUAACACACUACGCCGUGAAGGACUGAAAUCCUGCAGCGCCCGCAAGGUCCCCCUGCUCAAGAAAGCACAUAUACAGGCCCAUUUGAAGUUUGCCGAUGAACAUCUGAAUAAUUCAGAGGAGAACUGGGUGAAAGUGUUGUGGUCAGAUGAGACUAAAAUCGAGCUCUUUGGCAUCAACUCAACUCGCGGUGUUUGGAGGAGGAGGAAUGCUGCCUAUGACCCCAAGAACACCAUCCCCACCGUCAAACAUGGAGGUGGAAACAUUAUGCUUUGGGGGUGUUUUUCUGCUAAGGGGACAGGACAACUUCACCGCAUCAAAGGGACGAUGGACGGGGCCAUGUAUCGUCAAAUCUUGGGUGAGAACCUCCUUCCCUCAGCCAGGGCAUUGAAAAUGGGUCGUGGAUGGGUAUUCCAGCAUGACAAUGACCCAAAACACACGGCCAAGGCAACAAAGGAGUGGCUCAAGAAGAAGCACAUUAAGGUCCUGGAGUGGCCUAGCCAGUCUCCAGACCUUAAUCCCAUAGAAAAUCUGUGGAGGGUGCUGAAGGUUCGAGUUGCCAAACGUCAGGCUCGAAACCUUAAUGACUUGGAGAAGAUCUGCAAAGAGGAGUGGGUACAAAAUCCCUCCUGAGAUGUGUGCAAACCUGGUGGCCAACUACAAGAAACGUCUGACCUCUGUGAAUGCCAACAAGGGUUUUGCCACCAAGUACUAAGUCAUGUUUUGCAGAGGGGUCAAAUACUUAUUUCCCUCAUUAAAAUGCAAAUCAAUUGAUAACAUUUUUGACAUGCGUUUUUCUGGAUUUUGUUGUUAUUCUGUCUCUCACUGUUCAAAUAAACCUACCAUUAAAAUUAUAGACUGAUCAUGUCUUUGUCAGUGGGCAAACGUACAAAUCAGCAGGGGAUCAAAUACUUUUUUCCCUUACUGUACUUGACUUUCAAUGUUAAACUCAGACACAUCCUUCAACUGACAGACGAUCAGUUUUGAUUGAUCAGCUGUUUGUGGCAUCAAGUAUGGAGAGAUGUUACUGGUUGCCUUUAGGUGUUUUUUGAGUGAUUUGAGUAUUGUGAUUGGUUGCUGCUCUCUCUUCAGACCUCCUUGGACUCGGCUGUCUCGAUGAAGGAUCUCUCUAUCGUCGUGGACAUCCUCAACAUCGUUAACCUCAAACCGUGAGUGGAUGUUGAAACGCACGUCCACACACAAACCAUUACAGAUCUUAUUUGGCUAAGGAGGCCACACGCAUACUCUCACUGUCUCUCUUGGUGUUGGUAUGAGUACCAUGACUGUCCUCUUAAGUCAUUUGACCUGUCCCCCAGGUCGCUAUGGAAACUGGACCUGUGUACUGCUAUCCUGCCCCAGAUUGAAGAGCUGCUGCAAAGCAAGUAUGAGAGGUGAGACAGCAGAGAUGAGUGAUAACAAAUCUGUGUGUGUAUUUUUAUAAAUGUGUAUUAACCUUCUUCUCUCUCUGUGUGGUCAGUUAUGUGCAGACGGGUUGCAUGUCUCUGAAGUUGAUCCUGAAGCGUUUCUGGCCUCUCAUCUCAGACACCCUGACAGCGCCCCCCUCUGUCGGAGUGGAUAUAACACGGGAGGAACGGUGAGUUUCGGCCCCAUUUAAAUCCUAAACUGGCUUGUACUUUUAACCAUCUAACUGUAGUGUGUUAAUGCAAUGGUCACUAAUCCUGGAGAGUUAAACUAUGCAGCCCAUCACUAAAGAAUCAUUGUUCUUAAGGGUUCUAGCUCCGUAUUCAUCCAGUAUUGCUUUGGAUGGCCUUAUUGCUUUAAGAAAGACUCAGAUACAUUUGGAUAGAGUUCAGACUCUGCCACAGUGAGACAGGCCAUUUCCAUUGCAGAUUGUGAUUAAUGGUUUAUUUGUGUUUGAGCCCAGCCACCAGAAGUGCAAGGCAUGCUACAAGCAGCUGAAGAACCUCAGCAACGUGGUGAAGAACAAGGCCGACCAGGUGGGUCGCCACGGCAGCGCCUUCAAAGAGCUGCAACUGCUCAUGGCCCCACUGGACUACUGACAGUCGACUAUGCAAUUGGAGACAUGCACAGAUCCACAGACCCAAAAUGGCUGAGCACUGUGCUGUGAGGACUCCAGUCCGACUGACUGAUGGCUGCAUUCUCUCAUCUACCGGAGUGGUAAAUCAGGGGACAAUCACAGAUUCACACUGCGUGUGGAUGGACUGAAGCAGUGGACUCAGAGACUGAGCGGGAUAUGAGUCCUGUGUCCAGAAGGAGUCCAUGUUAGAACUCAUGGAGUAGCUGUGUGCUCAGGACGCAGCUCUCCUAUUUAAACACUGGGCACUUAUGAUUCCUUAAUCUGUGUGAGAGUAUGUGUUUGUGUGAGAAAUGAUGUCCUCUGUGACCUUGACUUGCCCACCACAGAUGAGCACACACACUUUUCAUAAUUCCUUCCACGCACACAAACACCUAUGGCACACAGCCCUGACUAGGGCCGGGUUUCAAUCCAUUUGUGGGUUAUAGGCAUUGCCUUUAAAAGCCGCAAUGUUCACGCGGAGAUCCUAUUCACAGGAAAGGCUGCAUAUGUCGGCUUAAUCGGA